CAAUCCAAACCACAUUUAAAUCUUAAAACUACAUAUAUAGUAGCCUACAUUAGGCCUGCAUGUUUUAUUUUUAUUGCAUUUAGGAUUUUUUUUUUUUUUUUAAUAAUCUUACAUUUUUGUUGUUAUACUUUACAGUUAAAAUGGUUUUAUGUGCUUCCAGCAAUGAAAUAAGAUAGCCUAUUAAUAAUACUAGCAAUUCGUCUACAAAUAUUUAGUAGGCUAUUUCAAAUUUACAACGACUCUUCCUUUAGGCCAACCUUAAAUUUAAGUUUAAAUGAAUGAAAUGUUGUCCCGUUUUAAUGGAGAUUUGAGAAAAAAAAAAUAUAUAUAUAGGCUAUAAAACUCCUCACUAACUGUUUUAAUUGAUUACCAUUUAUCACAUAUAGAACAGAAAAAAAGCAUAGUCAUGUUUUUGGCCCUGGAACUUCAGAAAGGGCUAUUGUUGUUGAACUUCACAGUGGCUGCAGUAGAGGGCGUUGUUCAGUCGGGGUUUAACGAUUUAAAUCUUGUCUGUUGUGGACAGUUUGUUAGAUGAUAAUCUGAUUAGAGUCAAGUAGAUUAGACAGACUACAAACGUCGAUAGAAACGACAUGCGAUGCAAACACCAUUUAAGUGAUAAUAUUGGUAUACUGACCAUCUCAUAGACAGCUUUUACCUGCCUGACGAUGUGCAGUGAAGAAGAUUGAUUCAGUCACGGAUGAUUUAAUGAUCAUCAGGAACUGUGACCUCUCAUUUGCUCACUCACUGAAACAGUAAGUUUUCCCUAAAAACAUUAUUUUCUAUCGUAGAGUAUAUCAGACUUAAAUAUGAUAAUACUGUAGUUAAUGGCAAAACAAGGAACUUAAAUUAUUAAGUAUUAGGAUAUUCAAUUAUUUUGAAUGAUUAUACUUUAUACGCAUUACGAUCUGCCACACGAUAUAUGCAAUAAAGAGAUGUUUACCUGAAAAGCAUGAUCUUGCUUGUCCUUGGUGUUGAGAUGGUAACAUUUUGUAUUUUAUUUUGUAACACAUUUUACGUCCUCUCAUGUUACAUUUAAUUUAAUUAUUAUAAUUGAUUUAUUCGACAGUCCAUCCCUUUCCAAUUUAAGAUCUCAGAUGCGACAAAAUGCCUGGUGCUGUCAAUCCAAAUCCUUGGAGUUUCUCUGAGUUACUGGGGCAGAGGAGCAUUCUUGGAGUUGUAGUUUUGAUUGCAUGGUUAGUUCUGUUCCAUCUUCUGGUGAAUGUGUGGCUGCUGUGCAUCUUCACCAGUCUGUUGGUCGUGCUGGGUGGAUGGCUGGGAUCUCGUGUCGCUUUGGAUGCCAACAGCCUCCUUCAUUUGGAGCACUUUCUGCCACUGCGUCAGUCCCCUGAAGUUCACACUACCUCAGAGAGUGAACAAAGACUGGAUUGGGAGAUUCAGAGUGCUGUUGACAAGGCUGUGCGGGACUUUGUGUCAUCCUGGUACUGCAGUUCUGUUUCUAAAGGAGGGGAUGAGUUUGAAUGGGAGGUGAGGGAUGCCAUGCUGGAGGCGGCAGCUAAAUUGAAGAGUAGGGCGAAGCAGGUGGACCGGAGAGCGCUGGCCCAGAGGGUUCUAGAGCUUUGCGGAUGCCAUCUGCAGAGCUUUAGCCAAGCCAAGGAACUCCAACGCACACUGCAAGAAGAGUCUGACCAAACCUUUUCAAGCUCACAAAAACUAUGGAGAUUGUACAGUAGAGUUGAUUUGCCUCACCCUGCAUUGACUGGCCCAGCUAACCAGCUCUGCUACACCAGAGCACUGGUAGAUCUCCUCAUGCACGUCCUUAUUCCUAAAUCUCACUUGGAAACAAGAACAGGCCGGUACAUGGUGGGAGAGCUCAUCACAUGCAAUGUUGUUCUGCCCCUUGUGGCAAGAAUAUCUAAUCCAGAUUGGUUAAACCAGACCAUUGUAGAUGUGUUCACCCAAUCCACUGACAAAGAAGCACCAACCCCACAGCACACAUCUCCAGAAGACGAAGAAGAAUCUGUUGGCAGCUUCUGGGAUUGUGACUCCCCAAUUACUUUCAACUGUCCUGAAACCUCCAGCAUGCAGACAGCUUGGUCUGAAUCCACAGCCCCCCUUCAUGAUUCAUCUGAAACAAGUUUCCAGAGUCAGUGGUCCUCUGAUGAAAAUGUACAAGGGAGGAGAAGUUCCAGCAUUCUUUUUCCAGAAAGAAUGACCCAAAGUACAGCCGAACUGCUCAGAUCUCCUUACCGCACCAGCCGCCUCUAUAGACACACUGACUACGACCUGGAUUCCCCCUCUUCAAAUGAGAGAAAGAUAUCUAGUGAGUCUUUGAAACGAACUGACUCAGAUGAUGAGAACUUCUGCGACUGCAUGUCUCCUUCAGACUUUUGUGGCUUGGUUUGUCUGGAGGAAGACACGUUGGGUCUUUUGGGGAAGUGUUUCAGGCAAAAUGUGAACAUUUCAGAGCCUCCAUCACCGGAGAGUACAGUGGAAGAGUGUCCAGUCCAACCCCUGACUUGCACAUCAAACUCCAUCCCCAGAAGCCUUGGUCUGGACUCGUUAGUUUUCGAUAACUUGGGAAAUCUAGAGGGACUGGUAACUAUUCAGAACUUGCAAAUCACUGGUACAAGCACAGCCAAGGAGCAAAGAAGCAAUAGCACUUAUCCUUAUACUCUUUACACUAUAAAGUAUGAAACUGCUGGAGAUUCAGAGAGUUCAAAGUCUGAUCAGCCUGUUGUAUAUCAUAUGGUGAACCGGCGCUACAGUGAGUUCCUCAGUCUGCAGACCCGUUUGGAGGAAAGGCCGGAUCUCAGGAAGGUGAUCAAAAAUGUCAAAGGACCAAGGAAACUCUUCCCAGACCUUCCCUUCAGCAACCUAGACACAGACAAAGUGGAAGCCAGGAAAAGCCAACUGGAAUCAUUCCUCAGGAAACUGUGCACCAUCCCAGAGGCAGCUAACAGUGAGGAGAUGGUGGAGAACAUAGUGGACACUCUGAAGACUGCAUUUCCACGCUCAGAACCCCAGAGCCCCACAGAUGAAGGAGACCCACAAAGAAAACCCCGUCUGAGAUUCUCCAGUAAAAUAGCUCCUACUCUUAACGUUCCAAGCCUGCAACCUAAAGUGACGUACUCUUUCAGUGAACGCUGCUCAGUUCUUCAAGGUUUCUCCUUGUCAGAUCUGGAGGGGUUUGUGGAGGAACAGGAGAAGCAGGUGGAUGGGGGUGUCAAGAGUCGUUAUGCAGGAGGAGGACACAUGAGAGAGCAGAGAUCUGUAGAAAAAAGAGGAAGAGGAGCAGACACUGCCCUGGCAGAUAUCGCUCUGAAUAUCUUGUGUUUGCUGAUGAAGAACCAGUGGAGCUGGCUGUGUACAGAAAAUAUCCAGAAAACCAUCAGACUGCUCUUUGGCACUUUUAUUGAAAGGUGGUUAGACAUAGGUAUAGCCCACCUAACCAGCGCCCCAUGCUGGGUGAUCUACCUGCGCGUUCUCCAGGAUGCAGUGUGGCCCGGGGGUGAGCUGCCUGCGGUGCCUCGGCCAGAAAGGAGCCCAGAUCAGAGAGAGAAGACGAGACUCCAAUGCCUGCACUGCCUCAUGCGGCUGUUCCCAGAGUUAAUUACAGACAUACUUGGCUCUGAGAAAUGCAGGCUGGUGUGGGAGCAUGUGCUGGAAUCUCUACAGGACCCCAGUAUUAACAGGCACUUGGUUUACUGUAUUUUUGACCUGCUGCUGGAGUUCCUUGUUCCAGAAUUUUCUGAGGAGACGUUCCAGAGGUCUUUACUUCAGAGUCUCCCUGGGGAUGUAGAGAGAACACCAUCAUCCGCCUAAAGACACUAUGUUUCUUUUCUUCCCUCUUUCAUAACUAGUGCAGUGGUUUUGAGAUUAAGACAUUUGGUUGUGUUUUUAUCAGUCUGGCUUAUCAGUUUGGCUGGCUUGUAGACAGCUGUUUUUGUCUCUCAGUUUCUAUAUGACUUUCUAACUCGCUGUCUCUUUCAAAUGGGUUUGGAGUAGAAGUUCAAAAUAAGGCUCAAGGCACCAUUUUGAACUUAAACUUACCCUAAACUUACACUUAAUGUGUGGUCUUUGAAUACUGAAUAUUUUCUAUUCAGACUAACUUUCAAGUGAACUUCAUUUCACAUCAAAGUCCUUGGAGACCACUCAAAUAAGCUCUUAAAUCUAAUUGUAGUACAUUCAUAGAGUAUGCACCUUACAUUGUCAAAAUACAAGUUAUUUUCUAUCAUCAGCGGAACAAUGGGUAUGUUGUCAGGACAAUCAGUUGAAUGCACUGUAUUUCUAUCUCUCACAGCCUCGAUUUUAUUACUGUCAAAAAUUAAAUACAAUGCUACCCUAAGGUCAAUGUAAAUAGGAGAAAGGAAAGUAAUAUUCAAUUUCAAUUUAAUGUUUUAAAGAAAUGUAUUUAAAAUGUUAUGUUUAUACUUUCUUCUGAAAUCGAUGACAGUUCUACAUAAAAUACCCAAAAGAAAAACUAAA